AGUCCGUCCCGUGCCGCCGAGGUGGUUGGUGUUGUCUCUCAGUGCUCCUGUAGCUGCGCGCGUCUCGCUCUCUCAACACUCGUGUGCUCCGUGACGCGCUCCCAACGUUCCUCCUCUGGAAUUUGAUUGAUACCUUGACAGAACUCUACGUAGAAACAAGUGACUGACAUACUACCUCAACAUUUGUGGGGAAGCAUAUUGAUAACUUGGUGCGUGUCAUCAUCGCUGAAUGUUGUCUUGUUGGCAAGUGGUAAAAACUAACAUAGAUAGAAUGGCAGCUCCCCGUUGUGACUCCUCAGUUGACGGUGUUUGGGCGCGAUAUUGUUUGUAGAGGACACUUGGUGUUUUAACGUCGUGUAAGAGUCCCACUACUGUUAAGCUUACCGGGAGAACCUCAAGGACCCGUACCUCACCACAACCACCACCAUGACGGAGGCCGAGGAAUUGACCAAACAGGUGGACCUCGUCUACAAGAACCUGCUCGACAAGUUCAACCCCGCGGCCCGGAGCCUCAUAACUGCUGGCAAGGCGUACCUCAAGGCGCUACAUGGUGCCAUGUCGGCGUCAAAGAUAUACCUGGAGACACUGACAAAGGUGGCGCGGCACUCCCAGCAGGGCCUCUGGGGCGGCUCCUCUGACAUAGGGAUGUGCCUGAUGCAGAUGGUGGACGUGUACAAGGAGGUCCAGGCCCAGCAGAUGAACAUUCUCAAGGCCUUCUACGUAGACCUGCUGGUGCCCCUCGAGACCAACCUGGAUAAGGACACCAAGGUGCUACAGAGUGAGCAGAAAAAAUUCCUAUCAUCUCACAAACACCAGCUGGACUCCUACACCAAGGCCGCCUCCCAGGUUAAGAAACACAAGAAGAAGAACAGAGGCAAUAAAGGAACAAUGGAUAAAGAAAUAAAGCAAUACCAGGCGCUGGAGGAGGAGAAACUCAAGAUGGACGCCUUUGUCGAGUCCAGCCUGCAGAAUGCUGUGACCCAAGAGAGGCGUCGUUAUGGGUUUAUCCUCGAGCGUCAGUGUUCAUUGGCCAAGCACUACCUGGCAUACCAUGCCAAGGGCUCUAACCUCUUGCAGCACACCCUUGACAACUGGCAAGAUGUGGCAAAGACCCGUGAGACACUACCAGACCGCAUACGAAGCAUGUUACCCUCCGCCAGACCCAAGGUAUGGGUACUAAAGGAUGAAGGUAUUUACUCAACACCGAUGUGCCUAGAGGAUGACGCAAUGUCAGUGACAUCACAGAUGAGGAAGGCACGGUCUGUUGAUGCUUCUUGUCUCGAUCUUAGCAACAUUGCAGAUGAUAUCCCCUCACGACCUCUGACCCGAGCAAGGUCCGAGUUCAACCUUGACCAUAGAUUUACUCCGGAGCACAUGAUGUUACGAAGGUCUAUGGCAAUACCAGAGGAUCUAGGACGAAGGGCUAUGGCAAGGGCACUCUACUCCUACUCACCCAGCGGUGACAACCAACUCUCCUUCGGUGAAAUGGACCUCAUCGGUCUUAUUGGUGAGAAGAACAAAGGGUGGCAAUACGGAGAGAAUCUGCGAACCCAGCGGUGUGGCUGGUUCCCUGUUGCAUACACAGAAAUAAUCCACGAAGAGGAUGACUCUGCUCUAGGUUCCAUGAGCACUCAGCAUCUAAAGAGUAGAAAUAGCGUAGAUGACUCCCAGACCAGCAACCCAACUGCAGGUAGCAGUGACGGACAUAGUGGUGAUGUCAGCCAGCCUCCCCAUGUUCACACCCACCGCUACCCCUCCAAACACAGGUCCGCCAGUGCUCAUGCUGUGCAGUUCCGAGCCCCUAGUCCCGCCACCGCCUCCAAUGCCAGUACCUCCACUUCUUCCACGGCCCUUCCAAUGUCACAACCCUCCACUUCAUCUACCGCCUCUUCCAAAUCAUCGCAUGUAGCAUCUUCCCAUGAGACAUUAAGAACCUCCACCUCAGUCUCCUCCAGUGUUAACACAGUCCUCUUCAACCAUGCCUUCAUGGAACCUCAGCCUCCUCGAGUUUCUGCUCCAACCCUCAAGAAGUCCCCUAGUCAGCCCCAGACCUAUUCCCGGCCUGGUUCAAAUUCUUUCACUUCCAGUAGCUCCCUCACUCCUGGUUCCUCAAUGACCUUGAGUCGCUCAUUCACGACAGCUGCCGCAUCCUCCCACCUCUCUACGCGCUUUCAGAAGAGAGGAAGUGGAAAUUCUUCGUCAUUCCACUCGAGUGAUGAUAGCGGCUUCAGCAACGAAAGUGGCAGCAUGCGACCUCCAGUUAACCCUGAUGCUGACUACUCUGAUGAUGAUCUUAAUGGAGUUGCCCCACAUUCCAUGAACAGUCUCAGCUCACGGUGGCUGAGAUCUGCUCUGGCACUGCCCUAUGGCUCAGAUCCUGUAUCCCUUCCAUGUCUGCCAAACUCUGAGUCAUACAGUUCCAGUGAGGCAAGGUCUCUUCAGUACAUUCCACCACUCCAGGAUGCAACCGUGACACUCCCCACACCAGGACGGAAAAGUAAAACUCUCAAAGGGAAACCCUAUCGAGACCGUUCUCUCCCCUCGUUCUCCAUAGACCAUUUUGUCACUAUUGCUCGUAGAAAAACCACCAAGGUGUCUCCAAAUUCCCCCUGUGCCCAGAAGAUUGCUGCUCAGCGGGAACGUGGGAGACAACAAGACAGAGGGAGAAGAACACUCCGCCGAAGCUCAUCUUUACUUUGUCUUGGCAUGGACUCGUGCACAGGAAUCCCAGAUGAUCUCCAGAGUGCUGAUUAUGAGGAUGUUUGGUCUGAGGACUGGAGACACUCAUCACUAGUGGAUCUACAUACAGACAUACCUGACCCUCCUCCCUUCCAGCCUCCUCCACCACCCACUUCCUUUCUCAAACAACCAAUAGUUGAUUACUCUAUCCGGCCACCAAUGCCUAUCCCACAAGGUGAACAACAACAGUCUCCUGUGUCAUCUACUCAGAUUAUCCCAAAUGAAAUGUCUCCACAGAACUCUUCCUCCGGAAAUAGUACUCUAACGGGAAGUGAUGAGGAGGAUGAAGAGGAGAUCUAUAUGGUAGUUAGUGAUCACCGUCGUGAAUUACGGAAAACCAUCACUCGAGCUCAAUCCAGGAAACAAUUGGCUCGUUCUCUUACAUGGGCAUCUCCAGCCCAACGUUCCUCCUCCUCUCCACCCAAACUUCCACCAAAAGGUGAAGAUAAGUCUUCAAGAAGCACAAUUUCAUUCAAAAUAAAUCGGUUCAGACAAAGCCGCAAUCCCCAUGUAAAUACUGAACAGUCAUGCCAACAAAGUACUGAUGUUUUGAAGACACCUCAGCCCAGUUAUCUUGCUCACCCCUCAAACCCUCCCAUAAUUUCCUACGAUUCUAUUACAUCACCCCCACUUCCUCCAAAGAAGAACUCCUCUCGCCCACAGCAUCCACUUCCACAAAAUCUUCGUCAUGAAGACUACCAUCAACCACAGUAUCAUCAUCGCAGUUCAAAUCCUUGGCAGUAUGGUGGGAGUCUCAACAUAUUUAAUUACAGCGACUUCAUGAAUCGUCGUCUCAAAUGCCCCGAGGGUGUGUCUCGCUUGGAUCAGGUUUCAUUUACCACUGGAAAUCUGUGUGGUCCCUGGUAUGACCUCUGGGCGGAUGAUCCCUCUGUGGCUGAUGUAUAAACUGUACAACAUGGUAUUUUGUCUGUUGGAAUUGACAGUCAAUUUUAUACCCAAUCAGUUGUGAUCACAGAUGCAAGGUAUAGUUGAGUGAUUCCCCAGUACAAGAACUGGUCAAAACUUCUGACUCUUGUGUUCACAGAAGCCAAAAUAAAAUUGUAUACAGUACUUCUUGUACAGUAUAACUGUUUUUGCAUGAACAUCUAUUUUUUAUGCCUUUUGUGAUUACAUUAGUUUGUUACUUUUUAGAAGUAGAAUACGUACUUAAUAUUCUCAUUGUUCUCGUGUGUUUGUUGCUUUUGUAAAUAUUAUUUCCAGAUGAUGAUUCAGUCCUUGCUCAGAGGUGCCAGAUAUUAUGUUUGGUCAAUAGAUCUCCUUUUUGUGGCAUCCUUUUAACAUAAUUGAACAGCUCUUCCUUGUCAAGUCACAUUUUAUCAUUUGCACAAUGCUCUCUAGAUAUGUAAAGAAAAGCCCUGCAGGUUGGUUUAACAAAUUUACCAACAUAAGUUGGUUUUCUCUUGGUUGUCCUAAAAUAAAGGGGGGGGGGGGGGUCUUAUAAAGACAAGUUUUACUGUAUUUGUCGGUAAAUUUUGCCACAAGAGUCCCUUAGAUUUUCUCCUAAUUCAUGUAAAAAAAUAGUCUAGGGAGCUAAAAUUUUAUGGACAUACUAAAGUUUUAUUUGUCACUUUUGACUAAAUCUCAGGGGCAAUCUCUCAAAUAAUUAACAGAUUGCAUACUGCUUUGAAAGAAGUAAUAAUGUAAAAUAUUAGUUCUAGAAGCCCAUUAACCCUCAAAUUCCUCCACAUCAUUGUCUCCCAUUUUUGCAUUUAAGCCAAAGAGGAGACCAAUCUGAUUCUACUUAAAUUUGGCACCUCAAUACAGUAGAAGUCCAAAAAUCCGGACUGCUUGGGGAUUGGGUCGGUCCGGAUUUUCGGAUUUUCCUGAAUUCUCGGGCAGUACUUUUAAAAUUCAAAUUU